AUGCAUCCCGCAGGUCAGGCAUCCCUGCCGAAGCAGGCAGGCAAGCAAACGGCCGAGAUGUGGACCGUCGAGGUGUCACCCACCCGCGGCGCGGUGGCCGUCACCUUCAAAAAGUCUUCAGACUUUGUCGCCAUCAACCGUUCUGCACGCUUGGGCGUUUGCAUGGAAGUGCGACCCAAGGGCCUGCAGGCAUGCCUGAGCAACUUCGUUGUGCGGGCGGGGGAAGACGUGCAGUAUGGUUGGUCGGAACCGCACGAGGUGCGUGAUGUCCGACGCACCGAGCACUUCGUCUUCCCUGAGCUUGGCCUCACUUUGCUUCUGGGACAGACAGGGACUGGCUCAGUGCUGAGUCUCGAAGAUCUCAAGGACGUGCGCCGCUCUGGGCAAGAAAGCGUGUCCAACAAGGGCACGACGAAUCCGGGGCAAGGCUCGACGACGCACCUGGAGGUCAAAAUCAGCAAAGCGGGCAUCUCCAUCAUCGAGGAGAAGCCUCCCCCAGGCCAUCCGGCUCAAGGACGGCAGUCUGGCGACGCAGCGAGGCUCUCCCCAGAGGAGGUUCUCAAUGAAGUGAUGCGCAACGCCGACGAAUAUGCAAAGAUCCUCUUGAAUGCAUUCCUAAAGGGCUUGGCUCCCCUUCUUGCAGAAGCCCUUGGAACCUUUGCUCUUGUGUUCACGGUCGGAUGUGUCGUCACUUCUCCGACCCCAUCUCCCUGGUCGGCGACUUCCAUCGCCUCGGUCCUGAUGGUGAUGGUCUAUGCCACAGGUCCGAUUUCGGGUGGGCAUCUUAACCCAGCAGUGACGUUUGCAAUGGCCCUGGUCGGGAAGAAGUCCUUUGGCGGGGUGAUGAUCUACUGGCUCUUCCAGUUCAUGGGGGCUUUCAUGGCUGCUGCCGUCUACAAGAUCGUCUGCGCACCCCACCUGGCCGUGGUGGCACCUGUGCCACCCUUCAGUGCCGGCUAUGCGGCCGUCGGGGAGCUGCUCUACACGGCAAUGCUUGUCUUCGUGGUGCUUUGCUGUGCGGUGGCCAAGAAGAAUACACCGAAUCAGUUCUAUGGCCUCGCCAUCGGCUUCGUCGUCUUGGCUGGUGGCCAUGCUGUCGGGCGCAUCUCUGGCGCUGCUCUGAACCCGGCAGUCUCGGUGGCUUUGGGCCUCGGCAGCGGCAAGGAUCCGCAUUGGGCCCUGGUUUGGUUUGCUGCCGAGCUCGCUGGUGCCGCCUUGGCAGCUGGAGUCUACCGCAUACUACGGCCGGAGUUCGGGAAGUCCGGGGAAUCCCCAGACCUGAAGACACGCUGCCUGGCUGAGGCAUUCGGGACCUUCAUGUUGGUUGUGACGGUUGGUCUGAACAUCGUCAGUGGCUCCCGUGCCACGGCAUAUUCUGCUGCAGCUGCCCUCAUGUGCAUGAUCUACUCCCUCGGAAACGUGUCUGGGGCGCACUUCAAUCCAGCGGUCACUCUCGCAGUGCUGGCAGGUGGCCGUGAGAGAAUUUCCCGACGGGACGCAGGAGCUUACAUCGUGGCCCAGGUUGUUGGCGGGCUACUCGCAGGAUUGGUCUACGCUGCCUACCACAUCGGCUCGGCAGUUGCUGACAAGUCGAUCAAAUUGGUUCCGGGAAGGGAUUUCGACAUGGCACAGGCAUGCAUUGCGGAACUGAUCACCACCACGUUUCUCGGCUAUGUCGUCCUUUGCAUCGCGACCGUGAGGGAGCCCUACGCCAAAGACCUUUUCGGGCUCGUCGUUGCUUCAGCCGUCACUGGCGGCAGCUUUGCCGUAGGUUCGGUCUCCGGAGGUGAGCUCAAUCCCUCCGUGACCCUGGGCCUCAUGAUCGGAAAUGUGGUGAACCCUGGUAAGGGGGGCAUCGGUCCUCCCGGAAGCUGGUUGGCCUUCAUCAUCUCGGAGCUGGCCGGUGGCCUCCUGGCAGCUGGGCUUUUCCGACUGACGCACCGCAAGGAGUUCCUUGAAGAAACCGGCGGCGAUGACAAGGAUGAUGGUGUGAAAGGCUUGGAAAAGGACGCCACUGAGGAGGCCAAGGAUGUGGAAGCUGCGUGA